AUGUCGGAGACUGAAUCGGCGGCAGUGGCAGCGGCGCCGGACCCGGCGGCUGCAGCGGAGCCGAAGCCUCGGCGGCUGCGGGGGCACAAGAAGGGCGCCGUCACCUGCUGCGUCGCCUCCUCCGCCCGCCCGGGCGUCGUCGCGUCCUCCGGCGAGGAUGGAUGUCUUUGCUGGUUUGAUCUGCGCACCAAAGAUGUACUUUUGACCAUGGAGGCAGCAAAUAAACCAAUUUCUUCAAUUUGCUUUAAACCAGGAAAUGAAGAUUGUGUGUAUAUCUCUGCUGGAAAUGAAAUAUUGUCCUUUGAUGUUCGUAUGGGAACUCAAUCAAAGCCAUUAGAGAUGUAUAACUACAAUAGAGAUGAAAUCAAUCAGAUUGCUGUCAGCUCUAAAGGUUUUCUCGCUGCUGCAGAUGAUAGUGGGGAUGUUAAGAUUGUCAAUACCAUUCAGAAGUGCAUGUAUAAAAGAUUAAGGGAAGCCCACACAAGUAUUUGCAGCAGCGUGCAAUUCAUUCCUUGGAGACCUUGGACAGCAAUUACUGGUGGCCUUGACUCAAAGCUCGUUGCAUGGGAUUUCUCCAAAGGACGAACACUGUUUUCUAUUGAUUAUGGAUCACCUGAAUUGCAAAAUGGCAGUUCUUCCGGUAGUGCAGGGCAAUGUUUCAACCCUGCUUUUGUUCAUUCAGUAGCAGUUUCUGAAGAAGGUAUUUUGGGAGGGCUCUACAAGGUUUGUGCUGUUGCAAGGGGGGAUGGUGCUGUUGAUGUGGUUGAUCUUGAGUAUGAACUGGCUCCUGCGAAAUCGAAGGGACCUCCUCGGGCAGCUAUUUCAAAAAUGAGUUCAAAAGGAGCUGAACUUGGAGAUGGGAGCUGUAAUCAAAGUCAAGCGAAAAGAAUUCAUCUUGACUACACGAUGGGUGGCCAUACCGCAGCUGUGUCUUGUGUAGCAUUUUCAGUAUUUGGUGAGAAGGGGAAGUUCCUCAUUUCUGGCGGCAAUGAUGCAUCAGUGAAGCUGUGGGAUUGGUCGAAAGGAGUUUCCUCUGAAACAAACAGCAAAGUUGAAUUGGUUUUGAAUAUUGAUGUAAAGAAAAAGGAUCUCUUGCACUCUUGGGCAACUUGUCAGUCUCAGUGGUUGCAAACACUUGUUGUACCCAUGGAAAUUGGAAACAGGAGGAAGAAGAGGAGUUCAAAGUUUUCCGUGAGACGUCGUGAUCUUGGUGUGGCUGUGCUGGACUGGAUAGCUUUCUGGAUUAGGUUGCCCAUUUGCCUUUUGCCCCUCACAAGAGCACAUGAAUUGAUAACACAUUUUUGCAGUCUUUCCCAACAAUUGCUCAGAAAGUUCUAUCUUGUGAUGAGGAGGGUAUUUCUGCAAAACUUCCAGGUCUGUGUCAUCUUCCAUUUGCAUGUGGUCAGGAAGUGGAUAGAAGCAGGCCUGAAACUGUCUCCGUUGGAAGACACGAACCAGGGGGUUUCUUUGGAGGAGAAUGAAGAGGAGAGAAAUGGGAGGCUUGCUCUUGCCGCAUCACCAAACCUUUCCAAAUUCUUUGCAAGCUGCCAUCCCGUGAUCUCUCUCUUCACAAAGGUGACCGCAAAAACCUUCAUUACUUCACAGUUGCACCUGACUGAAGCUGCAGUGAACUGCACGCUGUCGCAAAAUGGAACUGAGAGUUCAGCAAUGUAUCUUGACGCAGUCACUGAACUUGCAGGUGUGCACCUCUUCUGUUCUCCGCGGCAAGGCUUUCCACGCUCAUUUUGGUCGGCCAUCAUCAGAUCGGAAGCCAACGGCAACGGCGUGGCGUCGCCAGACAUGGUCAGCAAGCAUAGCAAGGAGGAGCUCAUUGCUUUCUUCAGAGACAUUCAGCCCUCCAUUGCCGAGAGCUCGCCUAAAGCUUCCAAGAGGACGAGGAAGCAGCCACCUGAUCCGUUAAAAGAGGUCCACAGGAGGGAGCAGUCACACGGUAUGUCCAAGCCGAACUAA